AGCAUGACGGGCGCAAACUGAGAGGUUGCGCUUUUGUCCGGCGGGGCCCCUGAAAGCUUCUCGGCUUGUAGGUCCAGGGCCACCUUGCGACGUUCUUACGCUGCCUCGAGCUUGCGCCCCUGGCGCUCUCUUGCUAAGGCAACCCUCCUCUUCGCAUCAGCUGCAGCCUGGAGCUCGCGCGGAGCGCAGUCUCUACGUCAGGCGUCAGGCCCUGGUCGGCGUCCAGGGAGCAUGGGUUGGUUUCGAAGGGGGCAUCUACUUGAUGGCAUUCUGAAGAAGGCAGGGCGGAGCCCGAGGGGAUGCCUGGGAGAGCGGGCGUGUUCGAGGCUGCCGCACAGAAGCGGCCCAGGUUUGCGAUGGCACGGCCGCCAGAGAACAGCGACAGCGACGAUUCGGAUGGCGGGGACAACGGGCCGGGAGGUCCAUCUGGGCUCUCGUCUGUGACCGUUGUGGUCGCGCUGUAUGCGGUGAUGCUGGUGGCUCUAUACGCCGGGUUCAUCAUGUUCGAAGGCAUGACGCCCGUCACUUGCAUCUACCUGAUCGUCCAGAUCGUGACAACAAUCGGAUAUGGCGACGUCACGCCCAAGAGCGAACCUGUAAUGGUGUUCGUUGCGUUGUUCACGAUCAUGACUCUGGUCGUUCUUGCGUAUUUCAUGAACCUGCUGGUUCAGAUGGCAAGCGCUCGCGAGGAGGCAGUUUUGGAGGAGCUCGUGAAUAGCGUGGGCACCCUCUCUGAGGCCCACUUGGCCGUGCGACAGGACCGUGUCUCGGCCGAGUGUCGAAAGCUCGGCAUUUCAACGCUACUAUUUUUGGGUUCGAUUCUGUUCGGGACAGUGUUCUACUCCAUUUAUGAAAGUUGUUCAUGCUCGUACGGGGAGACGGAACUCGCAGGGUGCGAUGACACAGAUUACGGCACGUGUGUUGAGACAAAGGGCGCAACAAAGUCGAUGUCCGAAGCCUUCUACUUUUCGGUUAUUACCCUCACGACAGUGGGAUUUGGUGAUUUUACUCCAGAGUCACGUGUUGGCCGGUGGGUGGGCAUUGCUUGGAUGAUUUUCGGUGUCGGCGCGACGGCAAAUUGGAUCGGAGCUUUAUCGUCUUUCUUUUUCGAGAGAAACAAGAGCCAUAAACAACGUGACACACCUAGUUCAGACGAACUGUUCGAGACUCUUGACGCAGACCACGAUGGGUGCUUAACACGCGCCGAACACCAUGUGUACCUGCUCCGCAAGCAAGGCAUAUUGUCUGAUUCAAUGUUGCAAACUCUCAACGAGCAUUUCGACACACUCGACGUCAACGUCCGCGGCAUGCUAGAUAUAAAGCAAAUGCAUGAGCGCAGCGCCAUUCCCGGGUAGACGGAGAGCGAUUACGUUGGUAGAAAAGACCGGUUGGACCAUAGAGGAUGCACGCAAAAUGUUGUCGUCUCCUUUGUCUCAUGGUCUCGUUCUCCUUCAUGUUUUUCUUCUUUCUCCUCCUCAUCAUCCGCUUGCGCUUCGAUUCUUAGCUGGCGUUGCCCGCAAAUCUUGGCGCACCCAUUUCGUGACACACGUUUAUUUCCCGCCAUCGCUUGUGCGAGAUCAACUAGCAGAGUGCCUUUUCCUCACCAUUGCUUGCUGUGCAUGUCGUCCAUUUUUCUCUCAGUGGAAUCCACAUUACGAGGGUCAAGACGUCGCCUAGAACUCUGGGGCCAGAGACAUAAGAAAUGAGCGAAUGGUGUGCGCGAUGUCUUCUCAUCCCGUCUCCUCUUUGAUCCGUUCUCCUCAUCAUCCUCCCUCUUCCCUUCUCGCCCUCUUCUUGGUAGUCCUCCCUCAGUCCCCAUCCAGGAUCCCAUUGGACUGGAC